UCUUGGGUGAGGGGAGAUAUAAAAAAAUAAAUAAGAGGGAGAGAGAGAGAGAGACGAUUAAAAACAAAAAUAAUUACAUAUUAAAAACAGACAGCUGGCUCCGGACACGACGCAAGGCUUCAGCAGCGAACAAAUAAACCGACUUAGCUGAGAAUUAAAGACAGAUAGAGAAGGAGCUCGAGUCAUGAAUCCGGAAUAUGACUACCUGUUCAAGCUCCUCCUGAUUGGUGAUUCGGGGGUCGGGAAGUCCUGCCUCCUGCUGCGAUUCGCUGAUGAUACGUACACAGAGAGCUACAUCAGCACGAUCGGGGUGGACUUCAAAAUCAGGACCAUUGAGCUGGACGGGAAGACUAUCAAGCUGCAGAUUUGGGACACUGCCGGGCAGGAGAGGUUCCGCACCAUCACUUCCAGUUACUACAGAGGAGCCCAUGGCAUCAUCGUGGUGUACGACGUCACGGAUCAGGAGUCGUACAACAAUGUGAAGCAGUGGCUGCAGGAGAUCGACCGCUACGCCAGCGAGAAUGUGAACAAGCUCCUCGUGGGAAACAAGUGCGACCUGACCACUAAGAAAGUGGUGGACUACACGACGGCGAAGGAAUUCGCAGACUCCCUGGCCAUCCCCUUCCUGGAAACCAGCGCCAAGAAUGCCACCAACGUGGAGCAGGCCUUCAUGACGAUGGCAGCGGAGAUCAAGAGGCGUAUGGGACCAGGAACGACGAGCGACGCCAAGCCCAACCUGAAGAUCGACAGCACCCCCGUGAGGCAGUCAGGAGGUGGCUGCUGCUAGGACUCACGCACACACACGCUCACAGCCCUGGGGAGGGGAGGGGACUGGAGACCGGAGGCAAAGGGGGUGGGGCCUAACUCAGGGGGUGUCAGACUCCAUUCCCACAGUGUCUUCUGGCUUUCGUUCCACCCCGAGCUCUCAAUCGCUGUCAUUACAAAUGCAACGCUUCUCUCCAGGUCUCAGAAUGUUUUAUAGGUAUCUCGAAUAAGUCCAUUUAAAAAAGUCAUUGACCUGAAAAGGAUCUUUUGGGGUGGGGGGGGGGUAGGUAUUAUACACUGAUACAAGGUAUUAGAUCAGUUAGAGAGCUCAAGUUGACCAGAACACCCUCGGACUGGAGCUUAACACCCCUGCUCAAACUGGCGGGACAGAAACCCACACGCAAGCCUCUAAAUUAACGGCAGUACCCCCUUCCCGUCUUUUUUUGUUUUUCAUUGUAUUCCUCUCUUUUUUAUUUAUCUUAAGCACCGGGUUGCAAAGCUAAAAAAAAGCUGCUCUCCGUUUUCUGAAAUGCCAAAGGAAUCUCGUUAAACGACCAGCGAUUUUCGACGUUGAAUUUUCCUAGCGGGUGUUCUUUUAGUAUUUUGGAAAUCGGAGCGCUGGCGAGUGUUUUUAGAAUUAUGGACUGUCAAGUGUGUGUUUGUCUGUGUUUUUUUAAAUCUAACUGGUUUUUCACGGAGGGGAAAGGGGACGGACUGGUCUGUAACAGCGCUGGAAAUGAACUCCCAGUUCCCCUUCACGCUCAACUGCAGUAGGCUUCAGACAGACGAGCUUUCGUUUUGUGCUGUUUUCACAGCCGUGCAAUUCUGUUUUGCUUUUUGUCUUUGUGUCAGCAAACCACGCUGUAUCAUUU